UUAUGGUAUUUUCACGGUUUCUCCUCUAGAUGACUCUGCGUAAACUACCCGGAUUUGUUUAUUUUUUACCCCUAAAUUUUUCAAUAAAAUUCUAUCCGCUCUAAAUGUCAAAUGGUAAAUCAGCUGUACAAUAUUAAACAUGUAGGGAUUAGCACUAAUGAUUUUACGGGUAUAUUCAAAAUAAACUACUAAAAAUGUCUAUAAUCUGUGAAGAAAUAUUUGAUGAAAUCAGCCACCCCUCAGAGGAAGAAAUUAAGGACUAUGCAGUGAAAAUUGGAAUAGACCCAGAUUCAGAACCUCAGUUGCUUCCCAUAGCUGCUGAGGGGUUAAUGAAAGCCUUACCUGCUGGUUGGAAGCCUGUUUAUGACGACAAAUCAAAAUCUUACUACUACUAUAACAACCUAACGAAGAAGACACAGUGGGAGCAUCCAUUAGACGAUAUAUACAGAGGUCUAGUAAAGAAAGCGCGCACAGAUAGUCAGUCCCUCAGUAUUCACGAUAACAGAGAAGACGCAACUUAUGUUACUGAUGAUAUUUUAAGUUUAGACGAACCAAUUUCUAAUGUACCAUCAAAGAAAUUGGAUCCUGUACCUACAGGAACCAAAAAGAAGCUUGCCCCUCUUAAACUCAGUCCAAAUGCCAGCCCAAAGAAGGAUUUUAAAUUAUUCAAACAGAAAUCUGAAGAUUUCAACGUUGGUCCCAAAAAGCUGUCUCUAGGAUUCAGUAGUUUUGAUGAUGAGAAAGAAUCUGCUUCCGCUUUUGACCGGCAUCCUAGAAGCAUGGAACUGAAAGUUAUGGGGGGUGGAUCAAUGUUCCUCAAGUCAAAUACCUUAAGAAAAAAUAGCGAUGUCGGCAUCAAUUCCCUUAGCACAAAGACUGAACUAUCUCAGGAUUUACAACCUAGAAGCAUUUUGCGAGAAAAGAACUCCAUGGAGCACUCAAAAAGCUUGGAAUUCGAUAAACUUAUUGUAGACAAGUCCGAAAAGGACGACGACGACAAAAAAAGUGUUAGAUUUAAUUUGGAUAACAACACCGAUAUCGGGAUAACGUUUUCAGACAAAAGUUCCAGCGAAGAAGAGCUUGCUACUAGUGAUAAAAAUAAACCAGAAGAUAUUAUAAACGUUAAAAUUACUCCUAGUAAGAACAGGUUUUCGGUCCAUCCCGUUUUGGAACCUCUAAAGCCAACUUCCUUGAAGUUAAUCAAGCCGAAUCCCAAAGAUUUCAUAAAACCGAAGUUAACUUUGAACAAGGGCUCAGACAGUGAUGAGGAAACUCAUAGUCUAGAGAAAUCAGGUAUAGAUCAUCCCGAUGUACUCUUCGAAUCUGACAACUCGGAGUCGUCUAGCGAAAAGAUAGCGGAAAAAUCUAAGAAGUUAGAAGAAAAGGCUGGGAAGAAAGUAGAGCAACUGAAACAAGAUAUUUGGGAAGAAAAAAAUAAAGAGAUACUUAAAUUUAAAUCUGAUUUAGAAACGUCGCAUAAACAAGAAGUGAAAAGAAUUUUGGAGGACGAAAAGAUAAAGCAAGAUCAAGUAAUCCAAGAGGAAGUAAAGAAAUUAAAAGAGGAGUGGAAUUUAGAACAUAAGUCAGCUAUAGAUGAAGAAAAGACUAAGAUGAAUGAAAAACUUGAAAAUAUAAAGACUGAAUUAGACUGUAAGAUAAAAAUUGAGGAAGAAAAAUUAAAGGAGAAUUUUGAUAGUAAGAAAGACGAACUGGAAAAAUACUAUGAAGAAAAACUAGUAGAUAUAGAAAAAGAAUUGGCGGAAAAAGUUGAGAAAAAUAGGGACGAGUUAGUUUUUACACACAACUCAGAUGUUGACCAAUUAAAGCAGAACCAUUCUAUCAUUAUAGAAGAAUUAAAAAGACAAUUUGAUGCUGAGGAGCAAGUUCUGAGAAAGGCUCAUCAAGCAAAAAUGGCCGAGUUGAGAAGUAAAUUCCAAGCGGAGUCGGAACAAGAUCGGAGCAAGCAUACGACAGAUGAGAGAACAUUCGAAAAACUCAGAUGUGAAAAACGACUAUUAGAAGAUAAGUAUAGAUGUUUGAAAGAGAAGUACUUAAAAUUAAAAACAGAAAUAAAACUAACGAUGGAAAAGAGAAGUAAAAGAAAGGAGCAAAGCACGACGACCAAUACUACAGGUUCUGAGACUGAACAGAGCAAUUCCAAUAACAGAGACAGAAAAGUCUUGGAUAAACCACCAACUCCUAAGCAUUCAAAAAACGCCAGCGUUGAAGAGCGGCCCAAGUCGGAAACAAGAACUGUUAAGCAGGUAGUGAUACAAGAUUUGGACACAUCAGUCAGCGACAAUUGUUACCAAAGUGACGACAAAACCAAUCAGAAUGACAGUUCAGAUAGUACUAAUCCCGGAAGAAGUAGAAAGAAGAUAUUUUCCAGGUUAAAAAGCUCUUCCACAUCUCGCAUAAAUAAUAAUUCCAAGCAAAGAAAACCACAGAGGUCGUGUUCUCCAGUGGAAAAUCUUCGAAGGCAACUUCAGAAGUUAGAAGAUUUAGAAGAUCAGUUUCCCGAAAACGCACAAGCUGAUACUUAUCAUCUCAGGUACCCCUUCUCUGACGGACAAAAGUUUGAAGGUAGUUCCGAGUUGGAAUUCUUCAGACACCGUAUUCAUCUCGAAAGAGAUUCGAUCAAGAGAGCGAAAGAGAGUUUGAGGAGUCAAAAGAGUUUAUUCCAGCAGAGGCAGAAGGAAUUGAAGUUAAAACACGGGACCAUGGCUAGACAUACUCUGCAACAGCUUUGCCAAGAAGAAAAAGAACUGACCGAUAUGGAAGUGAACCUUCACAGAACCCGCAGUCUUCUGGGAGAAAAAGUAAUUCGUUUACGUCAUCUUGAACAAUCUUUACAACGAGCUAACGUACAAAAUGAUCAGAAUCACGAAGACGCCACUUUGAGUGAUAUUUCAUCGCACAGCGCAAGCUCAGGUAUAAGUUCUACCGAAUUCGCUAUUACCGAUUAUGCUAAGGGGAUACUCAAUAGAGAAAAGUUUCAAGAAUCUUCGGAAAUUAUACAAAGUUUGGAAAACUUGAACUCGGAGAUUAGAGAGAUCUGGGAUGUUCUGCGGAAACAGCAGCAGCAAACGAAUAUCCAACAGGUCAUUCCACCUUUAGUCUACCCAGACUUAGGCUGGCCAGUUUUAGCUGCCUCAGCGACGAACGUCCAACCGGCACCUCCAUCCAUCCCGACCUUGGCUGAUCGCCUACACAACUACAGACAACACCUGGCACUCGCCAACGCUCAAAGCACCGUCGUGACGCACGCCACCCAAGGCGCCACUACUACUCUCGUGGAGAGGACCAGAAAUCUGAGACAUUGGUUAAAGCAAACGGGAAUCGAUGUCGGAGGGAGCGAGACCAAUCCACCGCAAGCGACACUGUGAGAUCCGGCGAAGAAGGACGGUGAUUCAGGAUGAAUGGUUCGGAACGAUCGGAUGGUUUGUUUUUUUGAGAUCUGAUUAAAACCGUUACCGACAUUUAUACAACUAUGAAUUGGUUGUUGCAAAACAGAUUAUAAAUUUGAUAUUUGAAGCAAUUUCGAGUAAGGCACGACUAGAUUUUAUUUUCUUCUUCUUUACUUUAUUUUUUAACCGGGACGAAGGUUGGCAAUCAUCAUUGCUAUUCUAACUUUUGACAUUACAGCCCGAAAGAGUUCAGUUGAGCUGCAUCCAAACCAUUCUCUGAGAUUUCUCAGCCAGAUUUUAUUUAAUGCAGCUUAAUUAUAUUAAUUCGAUUAUUAUGCUGAAGAAAUAUUUUGUGACAAAUCUUUUCAACUAUACCUAAUGCUAACUCCCUACACGUGUUUAGAGUAGUUGUUACCGGAAUAAUAGUACCUACAUGCUUCCAUAUCUGGUGUUACAUUUUCCCGAUUCUAUCCAUUGCAUAUCGCUACGUCCCAGUAUUACAGCCGGUUUCCGAAACGUUAUUCAAAUCUCCGAUCAUCUAAUCGGAUGUCAGAUUUGAUCAACUGUUAACCUGUGAUGGGUUUCUCAAACGCCAAUUAUUGUAAAAUUGCAUAAUCAUAGAUCAUGUAAUCGAUGAUCUGACAUACGAUUUGGUAGCGAUACUGUCACAAUUGGCUGUUAUCCUUCAAAAUUUCAAUUAUAUUAACCUCUAAAUCCAAACUUGUAUCUUUAGAUUCUAAAGGUGCAUUCUCUCUUACGUACUGUCAUUUUUGUUUGGGGCAAGAAUUGAACGAGAGCAUUUUAAAAAUGAGGCUAGGUAAUGUGACGAGAGUUGGAGAUAUAAAACAGUUUAUUUAUGAUCUACAAUAUUUUAUAAUCGUAUUUUUAUUUUUGGUCUAUAUAUUUACUUUUUAUAUUUAUUUUUAAUUUAUUUACAGGCUGUUUUAUUGUCUUCAAAGUUAGGUGCUAUAAUUUCUCACACGUUUUCCUUCUUAUUUACAUCGCUAUAAUCAUUUAGGUCCUGCUUUUUAGAGCUCUGGCCUCUCAAAAAAUAGCUCUAUGAGUCUAGCAUCCUUGUUAUCUUACAUUUUUAAAAGAAAAAAAUAUAAAUUAUAUAAUCAAAUAUAAAAAAUGUCCGAAAUAUCCAUGUUCUGCAAGUUAAAUAAAUAUUUUAAAUUAUUUCUUCCAUAAAAAAAUCUUAUUUUUAUUGAAUAAUAUGAUUUAUAUCAUUUAUAUAUGUGUUAUUUGACAAUUUUUUCCCAUUAUUUGUUAAUUACAGUAAUUAAAAAACUAAAAAAAACUCUUAACAGCCCGUUAAUCGACGGAUAGUCGCAGAUUAGGUAACAGUCCAUUUUUACCGCCGUUUGACAAGCGAAACUGGUUAAUCGACCUUUCGGAGAUUCAAAACACUCAUGAUCGGCUGUUAACUAACGAUUAAUCUUAUGUCAGGUGAUCGACUGUUGUUAAAACUAGUUUGGUUGACGUUUCUGACGCAUUUAAUCUAUUGUUAAUCGUCGAUUACAUAAUUUUUGAGAUGAUCGUCCUUUCGGAAACCGGGCGUUAGUAUGGUAUA